AAAAAUCAAUAUUUUGAUAGAAAUAGGUUAAUCUAAGGAAUGUCAUGUAUUAAUCCCAAAGCCUUUCCUUUGGCAGAUACAAGUUUAACACAGCAAAUCCUAGACUUGGUACAGCAAGCAUCUCAUUAUAAACAAUUGAAAAAAGGAGCGAAUGAAGCGACAAAGACAUUGAAUCGAGGAAUUAGUGAAUUUAUUGUUAUGGCAGCAGAUACAGAGCCUAUUGAGAUACUUCUGCAUCUUCCGUUACUUUGCGAGGAUAAGAAUGUACCUUAUGUUUUUAUAUCUUCAAAAGCAGCCUUAGGGCGUGCAUGUGGUGUUUCACGCCCGGUUAUUUCAGCAAGUAUUACGACAAAUGAAGCAUCUGAUUUAAAACAACAAAUUCAAACAAUCAAAAAUCACAUUGAAAAAUUACUUGUUUAA